AUGCAUCUAACAUUAGUUCAAAUAUAUAUUUCUACUCAAAUAUCCUCAGCUUACUUAAUAAUUGGUUUUGAAAUCACUUCGUUAAAAGACACUUGGGUGAUGAUAUCAUUAAAUCCUCUUAACUUGACUCUAGCUAAGGGCCUUACAAUUAAAAAAAAGUUGGUUACUCACUUAAAUAAAAUUGCAGAUAUUCGUCUUAAACAAUCAGCUUGA